GGAAAGGGAGCAAGCGGCGGGAGGAGGCCAUCGUCGGCGCGGGUCACAUGACCACUCCGGGAGCCAAUGGGGACGCCCUGUUUGGGCGGGAAAAGAACCGUUGGCAUGGGCGGCUCCUGAGGCACGCGUUUGUUUGAGGCCUAGCGAAGCCUUUCGGGGCGGCGGCAAAGAAGCUCGACUUCGCCUCGCCCUCCCUCCAGACGCGGGUUUUGCGUUUCUUUUUCCAGAUGGCUUUGCAAAAGAAAAUGGAAGAGGAUUUCUCCCAAGUGGAAACCAUUCAGAUAAAGGUAAAAGCUUUGAGUGCCGACUGGGAGACACGACACCAGCAGCUGAAGGUAGAGCAGGAAAAGGUGGCAGAACUGGAAGCCCAGAUAAAGCAGCUGAAUACCAAGCAGGAAGAAGUCAUGGCUUCCCUCCAAGCUGAUAUGCUUCGUGCUGCCAGCCAAAUCCAGGAGAAGGAAGGGCUGGCCGAGCGACUCCGGUCAGAAAUUGCCUUCCUGGAGAAGAGGGUGAGGGUGGCCUGUCAGGAGGCUGCCGGGAGCGCUGCCGAACUGGAAAAAGGCGCUCACGAGGCCCGGCUGGCGUUGGAGGCCACUCUGUCCACUCUCUGUCCGCAGCUGGACAAAGAGGAAUUAGAGAAUGAAAUCUUGAAGUCUAAGCAGGAGGCCUCCAAGCCGCCGCAGCAGCAUGGUGAGCAAUUCCUGUGUAGCCAGGACACCGAGGGACCAGGAAAGGCCGAAGGAGCGGAAGCUGCAGCAGGAGAGGCUCUGCAAGGGCAGCCACAGGAGGCAGUGGGUGGCCUGCUGGAAGAGGCCGAGCACAGAGCCCAUGGGGGUGUGGGCCCACCGAUCUUCUUUUGGCUCUUGAAAGGCAUGCACUGGGGGUCCCCGGAGCCACCGGUCAGCAGGGAGAGUCCUUUCUGGGAAAGGCUCCUUCAGCUGGAGAGGGGUGAAAAUUGUCCUUCUGUCUGUUACCACAGUCUUUUCUGAAAUGCAUCUUCCUGAAGCUGAUCGUCACUUGAGUGUUGAAUAAAAAUGUGCACACCUGCAAAACCGAAGCGCCCUUCU